UGGCGUCUGUCGUGUGUUAGCCAAAAACACAGAGCAGGUUACGGAGGACACUACCGGUUAUUGGCGGUGCAUUAGCGACCACUGUAUCAUCUGUUGGAUCCUAACAAGCAGGUUCAGCCAUGGCGGAGGAGGCUACUGUCAGUGCGGAUGGCAUCGUGGGCCUGGACGAGCCCAAGAAGAUGACCAGGGAGGAUUGGAGGAAGAAGAAGGAGCUGGAGGAGCAGAGGAAGCUGGGAAACGCUCCAGCUGAGGUGGACGAGGAGGGGAAGGACAUAAACCCUCACAUCCCUCAGUAUAUUUCAUCGGUGCCAUGGUACAUUGACCCAUCCAAAAGGCCCACGCUAAAGCAUCAGAGACCACAGGAAGAGACUGAGUUGCUGGUCUCAACUGUUCAAGAGUGGUACAAGAGAGGAGUGCAAGAGACUGCUAUCAACACUAAGUUUCGUAAGGGAGCUUGUGAAAACUGUGGUGCCAUAACGCACAAGAAGAAAGACUGCUUGGAGCGACCCAGAAAAAUUGGAGCAAGGUACACGGGUAACGGCAUAGCUCCAGAUGAACACAAUCAGGUACAGCUCGACUUGGACUAUGAUGGGAAGCGAGAUCGCUGGAAUGGGUACAACCCUGAGGAACACCACCGCAUUGUGGAAGAAUACGCCAAAGUAGAUGUGGCCAAAAGGACACUGAAAGCACAGAAACUCCAGGAUGAGUUGGCCUCUGGAAAACUGGAUCAGGAGCGGGAACAUGACAGUGAAGACGAGGAUGACGAUAAAUAUGCAGAUGACAUCGACAUGCCGGGUCAGAACUUUGACUCCAAGAGACGAAUCACUGUUAGAAAUCUGCGUAUCAGAGAAGACACGGCAAAAUACCUGAGGAAUUUGGAUCCAGAUUCAGCCUACUAUGAUCCAAAGACUCGAGCAAUGAGAGAGAACCCGUACUCCAACACUGGCAUGAACCCCGACGAGGUGGGGUAUGCUGGAGACAAUUUUGCUCGCUAUAGUGGGGCCACCAUCAACAUGGCUCAAACGCAGCUGUUCGCCUGGGAGGCCUAUGAGAGGGGCUCUGAGGUGCACCUGCAAGCCGACCCCACCAAGCUUGAGUUACUCCAUCGGUCCUUCAAAGUCAAGAAGGAGGACUUUAAGGAGAAACAGAGGGACGGCAUCCUCGAAAAGUAUGGAGGUGAAGAGCACUUGGAUGCACCGCCACGGGAGUUGCUCUUGGCCCAGACAGAAGACUACGUGGAGUACUCCCGUCACGGGGCUGUACUGAAGGGACUUGAGAAGGCCGUGGCUCGCUCCAAGUAUGAGGAGGACGUGCUCAUCAAUAACCACAUUUGUAUUUGGGGCUCCUUCUGGAUCGAUGGCUACUGGGGAUACAAGUGUUGUCACUCUAUGGUCAAACAGAGUUACUGCACAGGAGAGAGUGGAAUUGGAAUAAAGCACUCUGAGUGCGUUCCAUUUGAAGAGGGACUGACGGAGCUACAAGAGGAAGAACAGCCCAAGACUCUGCUGGAGAUGCAUCGAGAUAAGAUGAUGAAAGACAAGAAGAAGAAAAAGAAGAAAAAGAAGAACAACAACAAGAAGAACAAGAAGCAGGACUCUGACACCAGCGAUUCAGAGGACGAAGAGAAGAAGAAGGACAAGUUGAGAAAGGCACUCGAAGCAGAGGACAAGCGGGUGAAGCACAUCGAUGCAAUAAUGCAGGUGGAAGAGAGAAAGAGGCCGUACAACAUCUUAGGGGAAGUAAAGGCACCUACCGAGGAGGAGAUUGAGGCUUUCCGCAUGAAACGCUGCCGGGAAGAUGACCCUAUGGCUUCCUUCCUAGGACAGUAACCUGCUGACUGCCCUAAAGUCUCCUCAAGGACUCUUACCAAAGCCGCUACCGGUGAAAAAAAUAAACAUGACCAAGACUCCGAAAACUCAACUUUCGUAUUGUGAACUUACAGCGGGAGGUUUCUGUUUGGCUCCAAACAUGAAACUGUACAGUGUUUUGCUCAUUUUUAAUUUGAACACUUAUUGUUUUGGAUGCCACAGGUCGAUAGGCUGUAGGAAAAUGUUGAUCUAUGCUUUAUUUUUUAUUUUUUUAUUACUGAAACAGGUCCAUGUUAAAAGAUUAUUUUCCUUGACUUGGGAGCCUCCCUCAGUAUCAAUGUAAUUACUUUGUGAGUACUGCAUCGUUUUUAUAAUAAAAUACUUUGUCUUA